UGUUAGUGUUAACAUUAAAUUCUCAACCUAUUGAAUGUUCGUUCCCUCGUCCCCAACGCAACCGUCGUCGAGGCCUUCAAUCGAAUCUAAUCUCAUCUCGCCCUCACCUACUCCGACGAUAUAGCUUAUCAUUCCUCCCUCCCACCUAACAACUCCGAUCGUUGCAUUUUUCGGUUUCGUCAACUUCGCGCUACUUCAAACGGAAACUGCCUUUACUCAUUUCUCGUGCUUUUCUUUCGCCUUCCUUCGCUAUCUAUUCCAUUCCACACUAAGUAAACUCUAAACCCUAGUUCUGGGGAGUUUGAGGCUUAGUUUGAAAUCAUGGGGACUAACUUGGUCAACGCGGUAGUAAGGUUGGGGUUGAAAUUGUCUGAGGAGGAUCAGGGCUCUAUUAAUUCCAUAACUUUGUUCGUAUCUCUACUCUGCGCCUGCAUUGUCAUCGGCCAUCUUCUUGAAGAGAAUCGGUGGAUUAAUGAGUCCAUCACUGCUCUUGUUAUCGGUGUAUGCACGGGGGGAGUCAUUCUGCUGACUAGUAACGGAGCAAGUUCUCGCAUUUUAGCAUUUAAUGAAGGACUCUUCUUCAUUUAUCUACUACCACCUAUUAUAUUCAAUGCUGGGUUCCAGGUGAAAAAGAAGCAUUUUUUCCGAAAUUUUAUCAUCAUUACGAUGUUUGGUGUCAUUGGUACAUUAAUAUCCUUCUGUAUUAUAUCAUUUGGUGCCAAAGAGUUAUUUGAGAAGAUAGACAUUGGUUAUUUGGAUCUACGGGAUUAUCUUGCAAUUGGAGCUAUCUUUUCAGCAACAGAUUCUGUUUGCACCUUGCAGGUGCUCAAUCAGGAUGAAACACCUUUGCUCUAUAGUUUAGUUUUUGGAGAAGGUGUUGUAAAUGAUGCAACAUCUGUGGUACUUUUUAAUGCCAUCCAAAAAUUUGACAUCUCUAACAUUGAUUUUGAAGUGACCUUAAAGUUCGCAGGCAAUUUUCUGUAUUUAUUUUCAGCAAGCACUCUUCUAGGAGUUGUGGUUGGGUUGAUCAGUGCGUAUCUAAUCAAAAAGAUAUGUUUUGGCAGGCACUCAACUGAUCGAGAAAUUGCACUCAUGAUUCUCUUGGCUUAUCUUUCAUAUAUGCUGGCUGAAUUGUUUGACUUAAGUGGAAUUCUCACAGUAUUCUUCUGUGGGAUUGUCAUGUCACAUUAUACUUGGCACAAUGUGACCACAAGUUCUAAAGUAACAACCAGGCAUGCUUUUGCAACAUUAUCAUUUAUUGCAGAGAUUUUCAUCUUCCUAUAUGUUGGUAUGGAUGCCUUAGACAUGGAGAAAUGGAAAUUUGUGAAGGCCAAUCCUGGAAAAUAUGUUGGAGUAAGUGCUGUGUUGCUUGGACUGGUUUUGGUUGGAAGAGCAUGCUUCGUCUUUUUACUGUCCCUCUUAUCUAAUUGUACAAAGCAGACAAUGACUGACAGAAUAAGUUUCAAGCAGCAGGUAAUUAUUUGGUGGGCUGGUUUGAUGCGAGGAUCUGUUUCUAUGGCAUUGGCUUAUAAUCAGUUCACAAGGUUUGGCCAUACACAACAACCAGCGAACGCUAUUACGAUCACAUGCACCAUCACUGUUGUCCUCUUUAGUAAUGUGGUGUUUGGAUUGCUAACCAAGCCUCUUGUGAGGUGGCUGUUGCCUCAGUCACAACAUUCGGGCGGCUUGCUUUCUCCUGAACAAUCCACUCUGCUCCCUCUAUUAAGCACUGAACAAGGAUCGGAUGCGGGUGAAAUGGGGAAUGUGAGUCUUCGUCAACUAUCCAGUUUAUACAUGCUUCUGAGCCAACCUACCAACACAGUUCAUUACUAUUGGAGGAAGUUUGAUGAUUCAUGGAUGCGACCGGUGUUUGGAGGGGGAGGGGGAGGAUUUGUGGAUGAUGUUCCUCCUCCUGGCUCACCAAAGGGAGGGGGAGAUAUUCUUCACUGAAACAGCCAGCAUUGCUUAGCAGAAGAUGUAUUAUAUGCAACCCGACCCACUUGUGUGGGAUUUGAGUGUUUGCUAUCAUGCUCUUAAUGUGUACAUAGCAAUUAGUAGUCUCCACGACGUUAGUACAGUAGCAUUGUACAUGUCUGACUCACAAAUCUACUCUCCUAAAACUGAUGCAAAUAAUGAUAAAAUUAAUUCUAUAUGUAUUCUUAGUAGUGUUGAGUUUGA